AUGUGCAGUAUUGCACCAGAUAGACCCCCAGUGACUAUCGGGGGGAGGCCCCCAGCAGGCCUGCUGGGUCAGUUUUUAGAAAUCAGCCCAACAGUCUUGCCGUACUGUCAAGCCAAAAAUGACCUGCUCAAAAGUUCUCCAACGCGGCAAAAAAGUUCAGUAUUGGUGGUGCAGCGGGGGUUUGAAGCGGGGUCACUCAUCCUCAAACUGUGGCAUCAGUUUUCAGAACUCUGCCCAACAGUCUUGCUGUACUGUCAUGCCAAACAUGAGCUGCCCAAAAGUUUUCCAACGCGGCAAAAAAGUUCAGUAUUGGUGGUGCAGCAGGGGUUUGAAGCGGAGUCACUCAUCCUAAAACUGCAGAGUCAAUUCUUGGAAAUGUGCCAUGUCGGUUUGCGGUACUGUGAAGCCCAAAAUCACCUGCGCAAAAGUUCUCCAACGUGGCGAAAAAGUCCAGUAUUGAUGGUGCAGCGGGGGUUUGAAGCGGAGUCACUCAUCCUCAAACUGUGGCAUCAGUUUUCAGAACUCUGCCCCGGAGGUGUGCGGUUCUAUCAAGCCAAAAAUUACCUACCCAAAAGUUUUCCAACGCGGCAAAAAAGUUCAGUAUUGAUGGUGCAGCGGGGGUUUGAAGCGGAGUCACUCAUCCUCAAACUGUGCCAUCAGUUUUCAGAACUCUGCCCCGGAGGUGUGCGGUACUAUCAAGCCAAAAAUGACCCACCCAAAAGUUUUCCAACGCGGGAAAAAAGUUCAGUAUUGGUGGUGCAGUGGGGGUUUGAAGCAGAGUCACUCAUGCCCAGACUGCUGGGUCAAUUUUUAGAAAUCAGCCCAACAGUCUUGCCAUACUGUCAAGCCAAAAAUGACCUGCCCAAAAGUUCUCCAACGCGGCAAAAAAGUUCAGUAUUGGUGGUGCAGCGGGGGUUUGAAGCGGGGUCACUCAUCCUCAAACUGUGGCAUCAGUUUUCAGAACUCUGCCCAACAGUCUUGCUGUACUGUCAUGCCAAACAUGAGCUGCCCAAAAGUUUUCCAACGCGGCAAAAAAGUUCAGUAUUGGUGGUGCAGCGGGGGUUUGAAGCGGAGUCACUCAUCCUCAAACUGUGGCAUCAGUUUUCAGAACUCUGCCCCGGAGGUGUGCAGUUCUAUCAAGCCAAAAAUUACCUGCCCAAAAGUUUUCCAACGUGGCAAAAAAGUUCAGUAUUGAUUGUGCAGCGGGGGUUUGAAGCGGAGUCACUCAUCUUCAAACUGUGGCAUCAAUUUUCAGAACACUGCCCCGGAGGUGUGCGGUACUGA